AUGGCCGUAAAACUUUUGGUACUCCUCUGGGCGCUGGGUACGGUAGCCCUGGGGCACAAAUGUGAGGACACGGACAGUUGUGAUCAGUUCGGUUGCGAAGACGGAUGGACAGCCAUGAACCGGACACGAACUUGUUUCAAGCUGAUCCGCAAUAUAGCAUUUUCAAAAGCGGCAUCAGCAUGUGAUAAAUUUGAUGCUACAGUAGCUUCAGCUGGAGAUGAAGACGAGAAUCUGGAUCUUUUGGAAUUUGGCAUCAUUGCCCGGGUACAGAAAACAGAGAUCUUUUUAUUGGGCGCAAAACAGGAGAUCACCGUGAUAUCUAAUGGUGGCCAGAAAGACUUUGAUCACAGAGAUUUAUUUGAUCAGAAGGAGAAUGUUGAUGGGUAUGAGGGAAAAGCUAAGCGAAGCGUCCAGAGAGGACGAGCCGGGCGUCGCUGGCGUUGGAUGAACGACAGACCCUUCAAAUAUACAAACUGGUACCAUCGUGAAUCCUCCGAAGAAGAGUGGGAGGACGACAAGGGGUGUAUCGAGGGAACCUCUUGCGAUAGCGGGUGGACACAGGGAGACGGAACUAAUAAGUGUUACAAGUUCCUCGAUACCAUGCUUCUAUUCUCUGAAGCCACCAAACAAUGCCAACAGAUUGGGUCCCGAGUGUUGACUAUCCAUUCUUCAGCUGAGAAUCAAUUUGCUAACGCAUUCACAAAACGCACUGGUGGUCGGGAUUUCGCCUGGUUGGACGCUUCCAGGACCGGUACCGGCAAGUAUGACUAUGUCUGGAACGACAAAUCAUCGAUGAACUACACGAAUUGGGACAACUUUUUGAUGGAUUUUGCCCGGGUGGAGGAGUAUUGCUUGCAGCUACGCCCCGACGGCCGGUGGAAUGAUUAUCCGUGUUUUACACCAGAACGCACGCUUUGUCAGAAGGAAUUCGGCUGGACCUGGGCCGACGGAAGUCCGAUGGACUACAAAAACUUUUUGGAGGAUGAAUCGAAAAUUGCAAAGGCCGGUAGCGGCUGUCUUGAGAUGCAACUACGCGAGGGCAAUGACUUUAGUUCAAAUUACGCCGGAAAGUGGAACGAAAACUCGUGCGACAAUGCGUUUGAUGUGGCGAUUUGCCGGAAGUAUGCUAACCUU